CAUCAUCAGAAAGCGUCCUUCUAGUUGGACCUAGAGUGUCUCCUGUGGUCGUAGUUGCAAGGUCGAGUAGUUAAUUAUUCUAUUAUCGGUUUCUUUUCUGAACCGAUAUGUCUGGCUAUACCCCUGAUGAGAAGCUCCGUACAGAGCAGCUAAGGAAACUUAGGAGGCAAUGGCUAAAGGACCAGGAGUUGAGUCCUAGGGAACCCGUUCGCCAAAUUCGUCCAGGACCUGUAGCAAAGUUCUGGGGAGGUUUUCUACAGCCGAAAAGCCUAUGGAGAAUCUAUACAUACAAAACAUGCAAAGGUGCCUGGUUGACUUUAACACGUUUCCUUAUACCUGCCUGGAUUGUGCACUACUAUGUGAAGUACCACUUAGCGAAAACUCCAUAUGGCAUUGUUGAAGUGAAACCGAGAUUAUUCCCAGGUGACAGAAUUCUGGAGACUGGUGAAGUAAUUCCUCCAUAUCCAGAAGAAGAACAAAGUCACAGGCAGCAUUAAGGACUACAUGCAUCAUCCAUUAAAGCAAUUUAGUGUACCCAUUUGAAUUAACUGAUCCACUUCUACAGGAAACUGCAUUUUGAAAUGUUUUAUUUAUAUCAAUAAAAAUAAUUUUCUGAAUAUUCAAA